UCAUCGGGACUCGCGGGAAGAAGAAGAAUUACCCAAAAUUCUUCAAUCUAGCUAUGGAUUCCGACAUCCUUCUGCUACCAACUGCGUGUUUCCUUACGGCCGGAAUGCCCAGUUGAACUUUUAAAUGGGAAUGACCGAAAUCACAGCCCAUAUUGUAAAUCAUCAAGUAUAUCCGAGCAUACCUAACCUCCGGAUCAAACGCUCUUAUAACUAAACCUAGGUACAUACUCAAAUCUGCAACGUAAAUUACAUCCAACUUAUACUAUUCACGUUACGUAUAUCUUAAGGUCUUUAUUUCUCUAGUCAGCGCAUUGUUUAUUAAUACAUAGCCUCCGAUUCUCUCGUAGUUGUCGGUAAUUAAGCAUAUCCGAUCUAUUCCCAGGAUUAGUUAAGGUCGAUGAAAGACACCGGGUCCGGUGCCGGGCUAGUUGCUUCCGAAUAUUGAACAUCGUAUAUAAAGACCAAGACCAGCUUACCCGGCAACAUUUUAGUCACUUAUAUUAUACAUGUAAUAUGAUGAAUAGUUUACCUCAGCCCAUCAAGAAAUUCCAAUAACAUGCUCCGUAACGUCCCCAGAACCAGGCCCUUGAGGCACACCUCUCUCACCUCCCGAAACCUCGGUCCGUCAAGAGUACUACUACAGAACCACCGCUACUUAAGUUCUAAAUCAGGGUACGACCUAACCCUCAAGAAUCUCAAAAUAGGUAGUCAUACAAGAGUUAUAUUUCAGGGGUUCACAGGGAAACAAGCCACAGCCAACGCUCGUGAGUCUUUAGAAUGGGGCACCAAUAUCUUAGGAGGCGUGACCCCGGGCCGGGAAGGCGAGCACUUAGGCCUGCCCGUAUUUCCUACGGUUCACAAGGCCGUGGAAGCCCUCAGGCCAGACGCGACGGGUAUCUACGUAGCUGCACACCAAGCUGCCAGCGCCAUCGAGGAGGCGAUCGAGGCCGAGGUUCCGCUUAUUGUAGCCGUGGCGGAGCACAUUCCGCUUCAUGACAUCCUUCGAAUUCAUUCUAUAUUGAAAACACAGUCCAAGUGUAGACUAGUCGGCGCAAACUCUCCCGGCAUCAUAUCGGCGGUAGGAAAAUGUAGAAUCGGUUUCCAACCGCUCCCCUGCUUUGAACCUGGCCGGAUAGGAAUUGUAGCAAGAUCAGGAACAUUAAGCUACGAAACCGCUGCUUCUACGCUCAGAUCCGGUCUAGGCCAAAGUAUGUGCAUAGGUGUCGGCGGAGAUAUUCUCCCAGGCACGAGUCUAAAAGAAGGCCUCCAGAUCCUCGUCGAGGACGAGGACACGGAAGGUAUUGCGUUUGUAGGGGAAAUUGGAGGAGAGGCCGAGAUCGAGGCUGCGGAUUGGAUUGGAGAGUACCGAGCUACGACUAAGAACCCAAAACCGAUCGCCGCUCUUGUCGCCGGCGUGAACGCAGUUCCGGGCCGGAUCAUGGGCCAUGCUGGAGCCUUCGCUCUACCCGGCGAGCCGUCUGCACUAGACAAGAUCGAGGCCUUGAAAGCAGCAGGAGCAGCCAUCGUUAAUCAUCCCUCCAGAUUUGGGCCGGUGUUAAAAUCCAUGUUAGACGGUGUGACGCCCACAGGUUCCGGUAUCGCCUCCCCAACCAACGCCUCACAACGGAGGGGAAUACACACUGUAGCCCGCCGCCCUAUUACGCCCCCACGAGUCGCCCAUCACCCUCCUAGAGGCCAAGCACGCAGCAUCUAUCUCCCCCCAAACACCGCCCUCGAUCUCCUCCGCCAACACGGCAUCCCCAUCUCCAAAGACCCAUCCGCCAGCCCCCAGAAACUCCUCGCAGUAACCAUCGACCGAUCUACCAAAACCCCCUGCAUCAUCGCCUCCCCAACCAGCGAAGCCUCCCAAGCCGCCAAAUUCGACUUCGCAAGCAUCUCCACGCCCGCCAUAUCACAACACCUCGACCUCAGCCCCAAAUCCACCGCGCCCCUCCAAGCCCUCCUCACCACGCUAGCCGCACUCUUCGCCUCCAAGGAAGCCUUCCUCCUCGCGACCCACAUCACCACGACCCCCCACGGCGCCAUCCACGUCUCCGCCGCGCAUCUCGGCUUCGACGACGCCGCCUUCCGCAGCUGCGCCCGGCAAGCCGACAUCCACGCGUUGCCGCGCAGCGAGGAUGCGGCGGCGGGAGAAGCUGCGAGCCACGGCAUCGUGUACAUCAAGAUAGACGGGGAAGGCAACAUCGGCACGCUGGUCAAUGGCGCCGGGCUGGCGAUGAACACGGUGGAUGCGCUGGCGGAUGCGGGGGGCCGCGCUGCGAAUUUUCUGGAUACGGGGGGCAAGGCGACUAGUGAGACGGUGAAGAGGAGUUUUGAGGUGAUUUUGACGGAUCCAAGGUGCAUAUUCGUUAAUAUAUUCGGCGGUCUGACUCGUGGUGAUAUGAUCGCCGAGGGCGUGAUUCUGGCCUUCCGCGAUCUGCAGAUGGCGGUGCCCGUGGUAGUGCGCAUCCGCGGGACGAACGAGAAGGAGGGCCAAAGGAUUAUUGCUGAGAGUGGAUUGCCGCUGUUUGCUUUUGACGACUUUGACGAGGCGGCGGCGAAGGCUAUUGAGUUGGCAAAUAAGGGACUUUAG